ACGAUCUGCUAGCUGCUCAUUAUGGCGGAGCUGAUCAACAAUGAAACCCUAGCAAUGAUACUUGUUGCCAUUUUCUUCAUUCUGAUCCUAUACAGGUGGUCUUCCACUUCCACUACUACAAACUCAUCACCACCUUCUCCACCGAAACUCCCUAUCAUCGGUAACCUUCACCAAAUAGGCUCACCACGGUCUCCGCUACAUCUCUCACUUCAAGCCUUGUCUCAAGUCCAUGGCCCUCUCAUGCUCCUCCACUUCGGAAGCGUCCCCGUUCUCGUCGUCUCCUCCGCCGAGGCUGCUCAGGCAAUCAUGAAAACACAUGACCUCACGUUCUCCAGCAGGCCCAAGUCCACCGUCUUCGCAAAGCUUCUCUACAACUCUAAAGAUGUGGCCACGGCACCUUACGGUGAGUACUGGAGGCAGGUGAAGAGCAUCUGCGUGUUGAAUCUCUUGAGCAACAAAAGGGUUCGGUCUUUCCGCGGCGUUAGGGAAGAGGAAACCAAAGCCAUGAUGAUGAAGAUAAGGGAUUCAGAAGGAGGAGUAGUGAAUUUGAGGGACAUGCUUCUGACGCUUACAAACGAUGUUGUCUCGAGAGUGGCUCUAGGGAAGAGUUACUACAGUGAUGGGGUUUUUAAAGAGCUUUCGAAUGAGCAUACGGAGUUACUUGGAAGUCUAUAUGUUGGCGACUACAUUCCAUGGCUUGGUUGGUUGGACCGUGUCUCUGGUUUGGACGCGUCACUAGACAGAGUGGCUAAAUUGUUUGAUGAUUUCUUGGAUAUAGUGAUUCAAGAGCAUAUGGAUAGUACCGUUCAGAAGGCCGAGGACGAGAAGGAUUUUGUGGACGUUUUACUAGAGCUUCAGCAGCAACACUCUCCUGGUUUUCGCAUUGACAGAACUAGCAUAAAGGGUGUCAUCUUGGAUAUGUUUCUUGCUGGAACUGAUACCAUAGCCACACUCGCAGAAUGGACCAUGGCUGAGAUCAUAAAGCACCCAAAGGUCAUGAGCAAAUUGCAGACUGAAAUUAGGGCUGUCAACAAAGGUGAAGAAGACAUAUUAACAGAGGAUGAUGUGAUCAAUAUGCACUACCUGAACGCAGUGAUCAAGGAGACUCUUCGCUUACAUCCUCCACUUCCCCUCAUUAUGCCUAGGCAAUCGACCCAAGAUGUUGAAUUAAAUGGUUACAACAUUAAGGCCAACACACAAAUCAUAGUGAAUGUUUGGCAAAUCGGUAGAGAUCGCAAGUCGUAUUACAAACCGGACGAGUUUGAGCCAGAGAGAUUCUUGAAUCCUAAUAGUGAUAUAAGUUAUAAAGGAAAUGACUUUGAGUUGAUUCCAUUCGGAGCAGGCAGGAGGAUGUGUCCCGGGAUUCAGUUUGCUACAACUGUUAAUGAGAUUGCUCUAGCAAAUUUGCUGCACAAGUUUGAUUGGACACUGCCUGCUGCUGGAGGAGUAAGAAGCGAGGAUCUAGACAUGACUGAAACAUCUGGUAUAACAGUUCAUAAAAAGCACCCGCUUAAAGCCUUCGCCGCACCAUAUUCAUCAGCUUAAUCGAUCACUUCAGAUUCGACUAUAUUGAUCCAGAUGAACUACUUUACUUUAGUUAAAAAGUUGCUGUAUUCUACCAACCCUAAAAUAAUCACGUUUUCUGCUUCCUUUAUUAACGAACAGAUCUCAUGCGUGACUCAACUAGCUCCUAGCUAGCUUGGUCAUUGCUUGAUCUGUUUGUCAUAUGUUUGAGAGUCAAACAAGGUAAGAGAAACUAUUUGAG